GGAGUGGCUGUGCUGUGGUURACCCCGGGCGGCAUCUUAUAGCUGCGCAAGCUGCGCGGUCGACGCGCUGCGCAUUCGGUGACGAGAAUGAAUUCAAGAACGCAUAGGUAGGACAAUGGGUGUGUAAACGAAACUGGGGAAUCACUUCUUGGAACACGUACUAGAUUUGUUAAAUCGGGUCAAAUAAGAUGUCGAGCCGGACCAGACCUGGCUACUGUCGCCAGGACGUGAACAAAACCACCUGGGAGGUACCGGAGCGGUACAGGGAUCUAAAACAGGUGGGGACAGGGGCGUACGGUACAGUCUGCUCUGCGGUGGACUUCAGGACAGGGACCAAGGUGGCCAUCAAGAAGCUCCACAGGCCCUUCCAGUCUGAGCUCUUUGCUAAGAGGGCCUAUCGGGAGCUGAGGCUGCUCAAACACAUGAAACAUGAAAAUGUGAUUGGCCUUGUGGAUGUAUUCACUGCUGACCUCUCCUUAGACAGAUUCCAUGAUUUCUAUCUGGUGAUGCCUUUCAUGGGAACGGAUCUGGGGAAGUUGAUGAAGUUACAGCAGCUCUCAGAGGACAAAGUACAGUUCCUGGUCUAUCAGAUGCUGAAAGGACUCAAGUAUAUCCAUUCUGCUGGCAUAAUUCAUAGGGACCUCAAACCAGGGAAUCUGGCCGUUAAUCAGGAAUGUGAGCUCAAGAUCCUGGACUUUGGGUUGGCGCGGCAGGCAGACAGUGAGAUGACAGGCUACGUGGUGACCCGCUGGUACAGAGCCCCAGAGGUCAUCCUCAGCUGGAUGCACUACACCCAGACUGUGGACAUCUGGUCUGUGGGCUGCAUCAUGGCAGAGAUGCUGUCAGGGAAACCACUGUUCAAAGGCAAUGACCACCUGGAUCAGCUGACUGAGAUCAUGAAGAUCACAGGGACACCCACUCAGGAGUUCAUCACCAAACUGCAGUCUCAGGAUGCUAAAAACUAUGUCAAAAGCCUUACCAAAGUGCAAAAGAAAGACCUUCAGGCACUCUUUUCCACAGUCAACCCACAGGCGGUGACAGUUAUAGAGCGCAUGCUGCUGCUGGACCCAGAGAGCAGGGUGACGGCAGCGGCGGCCCUCGCCCUGCCAUACUUCUCAGAGUUCAGGGAGCCAGAAGAGGAGACCGAGGCCCAGCCAUACGACCACUCUGUAGACAACUCUGACCUGCCUCUGGAGCAGUGGAAACGUCACACGUUCACAGAGAUCCUGUCUUUCCAGCCCAUAGUGGUAGAGUCCAGGGAAACCGCACUGUAAGAUGAAGCGUCACACAUGGGAACCCCCCCCCCCCCCCCCCCCCCACCAUUUU